CGCCCAGCCACACUACCAAGCCACACUGGUGGCGCAGGUUGGGGAGAUGGAACUCCACCAUGUGUCGGGAGGCGCCCAUGCACGCGGGAGGCUCAGCAGCGACUAAAGGAACAGGAGAACAAUGUGUCUCUUUGAGGCUUUGAAACAUUCUAUCUGGCCGGUAUAAAGUAUUUCACGGGAUCCCGUUUGCCCACUCUUCUCUUCUUGCAUCCAGAACUCUCCAAACCUCUACCAAAGAACCAAAUCAUUAUUUGUCGAUCUAGCACCAUUAAACAUCAUUCGACCUCGACUAUUUUCACGAGCACCCCGCAUCCUACCAAUCAGAGCAAAGUAGCCAAACCAACCACAAUGGCCUACGCAUACUACCUCUCCAACCACCGCGAGCGUGAACGCUCUUACGACGACGAAGACCCAUACUACUCUCGUCCGCUUGUUCGCCGCAACUCCAAGCGCCAGCGCGUCAGUAUCUACGACGACGAUGACGAGUACGAUGACUACCCAUACCCGUCUUCCACCAAACCAGCCAAACCCUCUCGCUCCUUGACAAUCCGCCAACCAACCCAACUCGAGAAAUACAACGUCUGGUCCGAACCCGUAUCGCACUCGCGCUCACACUCACGUCAUGACCACCACCACGAGUCAGACGACCACAGCCAGUACAAGUAUACGCGAAAGACUUAUGUAACCCGGCCAUCCGAGACUCUGAGCGAUGAUGAGUCUCGCUUCCAACUCAAAGCCAAGAUGACGAUUCGCCGGCCGACGAGCUCUCAUUCUUCGAAGGAGCUCGCGAUGGCUUGGUCUGGGGAUAUGUUCAAGCGGAAGGAGAAGUGGGUUGAUGAGGAUUGGGAGAGAAAGGAGAGGGAGCGCAGGGAUAGCUUUUGGGAUGAUGAGCCCAGGUUGAAGGAGAGGACUAUUAGGUAUAGGAAGGUUAAGAGGACGAGGACUGAUGAGUGGAAGCCUUUGAAUGGGUUUAGGCACUUUUGAGUGGGUGGAGAAGGGAUUUAGAAUGUAACACUAUGGGUGCAUGGAUAUGGUGCGGAAUGGUAGACUGGUAGGAUUUGGUUUAGUUUGCUGUCGAUCGAUUAAGGCGUUUGGGAUGUUGUUUUUGUCUGUUCUUAUCGUAUGCAUUGUCCUUUAGCUUUUUAUAUGGGGAAGGGAGAUAACAGAUACCCGAGAUCGACAGUAACGAAUUAUAGAAAUUGUUAUAGCGCAC